AUGUUUCCGGUCAGACAGCCUUGGCUUUGCAAAGCCCUAGGUUGUUAUGAUUGCUGUAUCCGCUGCCUGGGGGCAGUGCCCUACCCUUCCCUGGUGGCCACUCUGCUCUGCUUCACCGGCAUGGCACUGUUCUGUGGCUGUGGGCACGAGGCACUGGCCAACACAGAGGUUCUCGCCGAGACUUACUUCGCUCGUAACAUACAAGACUAUGUUGUCCUGGCCUCGUUUAUCAAGUACUUCCAGUACGUGAUCUAUGGCCUGGCCUCUUUCUUCUUCCUUUACUGCAUCCUGCUGCUGGCCGAGGGAUUCUACACCACCAGUGCCGUCAAGCAGACCUUCGGAGAGUUCCGGAGCACCAGAUGUGGCCGCUGCCUUAGUCUGACGUUCAUCAUUGUGACAUACGUCCUGGCAGUGAUCUGGCUGGCGGUGUUUGCCUUUACAGCCAUACCCGUCUUCUUCUUCUUCAACAUGGCACAGACCUGCCACACCAUCAACAUCCUGGCUGAGACGACACCCAGCAUCAACCAGCAUGGCUGGAUCUGCAUGGAUGCCCGGCAGUAUGGACUGCUGCCCUGGAAUGCAAUGCCAGGGAAGGCUUGUGGAAUGACCUUGGCAUCCAUUUGCAAAACAAAAGAGUUCUUCGUCACCUAUGACCUAUAUAUCGCUGCCUUUGCUGGUGCAGGGAUCGCUCUCUUGGCUCUGUUUAUGUAUGUGGUAGCUACCACAUAUAACUAUGCAGUCCUGCGGUUCCUGGGCAGGAAAGGGCUGCGCUGUUAA